AUGCCAUACCUCGCAAAAAAAAUGAGCAACAAUAUCCUCAUCCUCGGCGCUACCAGAGGCCUGGGCGCUUCUCUACGAAAGCUCUACGCUACCAACCCAUCCACCAAAACCGUCUUCGCAACCGCACGCGGAAACUCUCCUCCAGAAAGCAACGAAUCCCACACCACAUGGCUCACAAACAUCGACGUUUCCCAACCUGACGUCGGCCAGAAACUCACCUCGCAACUCCCAUCUUCCACCGAGAUCUCGACAGCCAUUAUCUCAGCAGGCUACUUUGGCUUCGAAUCGUUCGAUAACCCCGAUUGGGAGAAGCAAGUGAAAAUGUACACCACGUCCGCGAUCGGUCCGGUAUUCGUGGUGCAGAACCUCGUGAAAGCUGGCUUUUUGAGUGAAGGGAGUAAGGUGAUUCUUGUGAGCAGUGAGAGUGGGAGUAUUAAGCUGCGGCAUGAGAAAGAAGGUGGAGGUAAUUAUGGGCAUCAUGCUAGUAAGAGUGCGCUGAACAUGGUGGGGAAGCUCCUUAGUUUGGAUUUGAAGGAUAAGGGCAUUGCGGUGGGUUUGGUGCAUCCUGGGUUUAUGAGGACGGAGAUGACCAAGAGUGUUGGGUUUGAUAAAUUCUGGGAUGCUGGGGGUGCUGUGACUCCGGAUCAAUCAGCCGAGUCACUCGCAUCGUUCAUUGAGGAUUUCGAUAUCAGCAAGACCGGACAAUAUUGGGCACCACGGGGUCCAGGUGACAUUGGCACCGCGGACGCUGUACUUGGAAGCGACUUGCCCACGCCGUUGCAAUUGCCUUGGUAA